AUGCAGACAUGGCGUCGAACCUUUGUCACGUCUGCUCCCCGACUGAACGCUAGCGCUCUGUCAAGAUGCAGACCCAUUACCAGAAGAUGUGCUCAGAUCCUCGAGGCAAGCAAAGCGGAUGGGCCGUGUAGCUUGGAAGAUCAAGAGAUCAAGGUCAAUGGCUUCGUUCGAUCGGUCCGAAAGCAAAAGCGGUUUGCUUUUGCCGAAAUCUCAGAUGGCUCGACGAUCGAGCCUGUACAGGCGAUUUUGAAGCCCUCGCAAGCUGCGGAAUUAUCUACGGGUGCCGCCAUUGAAAUCUCAGGUAUUUGGAAAGCCUGCCCGCCUGGCAAGGAGCAAACACACGAGCUACAGGCGACCGAAGUGAACAUUGUGGGGAACGCAAACCCAGAGACCUACCCAAUACAGAAGAAGUAUCACAGCCCAGACUUCUUGCGGCAGAUUCCUCACCUUCGUAUUCGAACACCUUUCCAGUCGCUCCUUGCCCGCUUCCGGUCAGAAUGUCUGUUUCAGCUUGGCUGUGUCUUCCAUUCUCGCCCUGAGGGCCCUUUCACCCAGGUGCAGCCUCCGAUUAUUACAUCUUCCGACUGCGAAGGAGCUGGAGAAACUUUUACUCUUCUUCCGCGCGGCGGCGUCACAUCGUCCAGUGGUGAUGCAGAGCAUUUCUUCCGAACACCAAAGUACCUCACAGUAUCGUCCCAGCUGCAUCUGGAAGCAUACGCGGCGGAGCUUGGGAAUGUCUGGACUUUGUCCCCUGUCUUCCGGGCUGAGAAGAGUGACACUCCCCGCCAUCUUAGCGAAUUUUACAUGCUUGAGGUCGAGGCGAACUUCAUGAACGAUAUUGAUACACUGACAAACCUUGUGGAGGACCUCCUUCGCGAUCUGACUCGUCGAUUGUCCACCACGUCUGCGCGAUGGGACCGACUGAUGGACGGCCCACGAUGGCACCGUCUCACCUACACGAGGGCAAUUGAAAUGCUUCAACAGGCAGUCGCCGAAAAUGGCGCGGUAUUUGAACACUCUCCGACAUGGGAAGAUGGUUUACAGACGGAGCAUGAAAAGUACAUCGUGGAGGUUCUGCACCAAGGCAAGCCUGUGUUUGUGACCGACUAUCCCACGGCCAUCAAACCCUUCUACAUGGCCCCUUCCCCAUGCAACAAUGCGGAGUCGCCGGGUGACACAGUUGCCUGUUUUGAUCUGCUUCUUCCUGAAGUCAGCGAAGUCGCCGGCGGCUCUCUCCGCGAGCAUCGGCUGCCUAAUAUCAUUCAAAAAAUGCGGGAAUACGGCCUGAUCAAGCGUCACGUUGAGGGUGACUCUGAUAUGGCCGCAAGGAAUGAGCCGCGCUAUCCACAUCUUUCCCCCGAUGAAGACCUUGGUCAUCUUGAAUGGUAUGCGGAUCUUCGGCGAUGGGGCUCUGCUCCUCAUGGAGGAUUUGGGCUUGGAUUUGACCGAUUCAUCAGCUACUUGUCUGGAGUCUCUAGUGUUCGCGAUGUUGUCGCGUUCCCACGCUACUAUGGACGGGCUGAUUGCUAA